ACAAAAUAAUUCAAAAUUAUAAAUAUUAAAAUUUAAAAUUUAAAAUUUAAAAAAAUUAAGAAUAACAACAAGUUGAGAAUAGUUACUAAGAAAUCAACUAACAAAAAUUCAACAAAGACUUUUUUAAGCAUGGCGUCGGUUGCAGAAUUUAAAAAAUUAUUCGAAAAAUUUUUACAGGAAAAUAAAUGUCCAACUGGAGAAAUAGUGAAAAAGAAAUAUUAUUUCCCUGUUGAUCAAUUAAAAACAAUUUAUACAUCUAUGCUUACUACUACAAAUAUUCAAUGGUCACAAUUUCAACAAAUGUUAACAAAUUAUAUUGAAAAUUUGGAUUUUUGUUAUUACUCGUGGGAAUGUUUUUCUUCAAUUGUACAAAAUCUAAACACAGACAAAACAAAUAUAUACAUGUUUACAAAUCUUUUAGGAUUAAUUAAAAUUCCCACUGAAAAAAAAGAAGACGAUAAAUUAUUAUUUAAAAAUAACAAACGUCCUCAAUUUAAAUAUGAUUCUGAACAAUUAAAAACUUGGGUUACAAUAAUUUGGGAUGGUAUGAUACCUUUCAUGUCAUCAAAUAUUAAAAUUAGACGAGAGAUGUUAACAUUGUUGAUUGAAAAGAUGUUAAUGCAUUUAAAAAAUCCACUUGUAACUGCAGACUUUCUCAUGAAUUCAUUGGAUACUCCUGGUCCAGUUGCAAUAUUAGGCCUUCAAGGCAUUUUUAUUUUGGUCAAGGAUUAUAAUUUAGAAUGUCCAAAUAUUUACGGGAAACUUUACAACUUUUUUACAACAGAUAUAUUUAGUUAUCGAUAUAAAACCAGAUUGUUUUAUUUGGCCGAUAUAUUUCUUCGUUCAACUCAUUUACCCGAACUAUUGGUCGCUGCAUUUGUCAAACGCAUGGCUAGACUUUCAUUGAUUGCACCACCAACUGACAUUCAAAUUAUGGCAGCAUUUAUAGGAAAUUUACUAAUUAGACAUCCACCAUUAAAAGUAUUGAUCCAAAGUGAUUCUGUCGUUGGUUCGGAUCCUUAUAUUUUUGAAGAAAAGGAUCCGCUGAAAUCAAAUGCAUUAAACAGCUCAUUAUGGGAACUUGUCUCUUUAAAACAACACAUUCUACCAAAAGUGGGAAAAUCUGUAAACUUUUUAUUUAAAAAAUUGCCACAAGUUGAGUGGGACAUGAGCGAAUUAUUAGACAACUCUUAUGAAAGUAUUAUUGAUGAAGAAUACAAGACGGACUUUCAAAAAGUGAGCUUAACAUAUGAAAAACCAGUUUCAUUUUCUGUACCGCUAUCCAAUCAUAUGGAUGAACUAUGGACUUUAGAUGGUUAAACUAUGUUAUUUUGAUGCAUGUACCUACGUCAUUCAAUAUAUUAUGUUAUAAUUUUUCAUAAAAA